UGUUUUUAGUCUAAAUGGAGGUUAAAGUCCAGAGAUCAUAGUUUUAUUUUUAAGUUUUAAUUAGUUCGUUUUUAGUCAUUUUGUGUUUUCUUUGCCUUUUUCUUAAAAUUUAAGCAAAAAAUCCCAAAAUAGUAACAAAAAAAUGGCCUGUUUCGUAAGAAAUUUCACUAGAACCCCUUUUGCCGUUAAUUUCCAAUCCUGUCAGUUUUCUCAUCCACUUCGCACCUUUAUGUUAGGGGCGCAGCUGAAAGAGAAGAAAACAUUGAAAUCUCCAGGUCAGAACAUAGUGUUGGUGGACGGGGUACGUACGCCUUUUUUACUUGCUGGAACUGACUAUUCCAAGCUAAUGCCUCACGAUCUCGCCAAAAUGGCCUUAAGGGGUAUUCUAACGAAAACUGGAGUUCCACAAGACCUUAUCGAAUAUGUAAUUUAUGGUACCGUCAUCCAAGAAGUGAAAACUUCAAACAUAGCUAGAGAGGCAGCUCUUAGUGCUGGCUACAGUGACAAAAUUCCAGCCCAUACUGUUACUAUGGCUUGUAUUUCUUCAAAUGUAGCCAUGACCACAGCCAUUGGUUUGAUAAAUAGUGGAGUCUACGACAUGAUAGUAGCCGGAGGGGUGGAGUUUAUGUCCGAUGUGCCCAUUCGACACAACAGAAAGAUGCGCAGUUUGAUGUUGAGGGCAAAUAAGGCCAAAACCUUGCAGCAGAAGUUGACGCUGUUAGCAUCUAUUAGGCCAGAUUACUUUGUACCAGAACUGCCUGCUGUAGCUGAGUUUUCGUCUGGUGAAACUAUGGGUCAUUCCGCCGAUAGGUUGGCGGCGGCUUUUCGAGUGGGUCGGCAGGAACAGGACGAGUUUGCCAUUAGAUCGCAUUCAAUGGCCCAACAGGCUCAAGACAAAGGUUAUUUCACUGACCUGAUUCCAGUACAGGUACCUGGCAGCGACAAGGAAAUAACGAAGGACAACGGUAUCAGGGUGUCCACUCCCGAGCAGUUGGCGAAACUGAAACCGGCGUUCAUCAAACCCCACGGCACCAUAACUGCCGCCAACGCUUCGUUUUUGACAGACGGCGCGUCAGCUUGUCUGAUAACUACGGAGGCGAAAGCCAAAGCUUUGGGUCUAAAACCGAAGGCCUAUCUCAGACAUUUCCUCUACGUGUCGCAGGAUCCCGUCGAUCAAUUGCUCCUCGGGCCAGCGUACGGCACCCCGAAAAUUUUAGACAAGGCGGGUCUGACGUUGCAGGACGUGGACGCGUUCGAGUUCCACGAAGCGUUCGCCGGCCAGAUCCUGGCCAACCUGAAGGCGAUGGACAGCGAAUGGUUCUGUAAGCGGUACAUGAACAGAAACACCAAGGUUGGGAUGCCGCCGUUAAACAAGUUCAACAACUGGGGAGGCUCCCUUUCCAUAGGACACCCAUUCGGUGCUACUGGGGUCAGACUGGCGAUGCAUGCCGCCAACCGAUUGGUCAGGGAAGACGGACAGAUCGGUUUGAUAGCUGCCUGCGCAGCUGGCGGCCAGGGUGUGGCAAUGCUGGUAGAACGUCAUCCAGAUGCAACAGCCGACUAAUCAACCACCCAAAAGGAGAUUGUAUUUAUUAUUUGAUAAUUCUUUUAAUCCGUAAACGAAUCUUUAGCAUUUUUGCUUUUGCGGAAUAUUUAACUAGUAUAAUGUAAGACUGGCUCCAUAAAAAGUGUCUACACAGAAAUAUAUAGGUAAUAA